ACAAAUUAUAACACUGUAGAUCCAAUAAAAGAUCACGGCGCCGUCAAAACACCGCUUCACUUUCUCUAAUUAUCAAGACAAUCUCUGAACUUUCCAGUGGCUUCUCCCUUUCGUUUCCGAUUUCGUUUCCGAUUUCUUGAGCCAUAAUUCUCCUUCUCUUCCAUUUUUAACCCCCGAACAAAUUUUCGUCCACAGUCUACAUUCCCCACAAUUAAAAAAAAUCGUUUCUUGAUAUGAUUUUCAAUCCGUAUUUGUAUAUAUCUUCUUCAAAUCCCAAUUGACGCUACACACAUCAAUCAUGGGUUGGUGCAGAAGAUCGUCAAAAUUGAUUUCCGAUGCUUUCCGAUGCUACCGCAACUCAAAGAUUCCCGCACCCAGAAAACCCCCCAUUCAAGAACCCGGUUCAAGAACCGAUCUCCACACCUUCUCUCUCCGGCCCAAUUCAAUCCGGUCAAACAUCUCCGGCGGUCGCCGGAGGAGCCCUUUUCUCGACGGGGCGAAGAGGUUUUACUACGUCGACAGAAACCAAGUCCAACACUUCAAACCCAGGGGUUACAAAAAAUGGCUCGACAAUCCAAGAAACACAUUCACCAUCAUCGCCGUUGGUUCCGGAAUCGUGAUCACGGUCUACUUUGGGAAUUUAGAAACCGUGCCCUACACGAAACGAACCCAUUUCGUGCUGUUAUCGCAAUCCCUCGAACGAGAGCUCGGCGACUCGGAGUUCAAGAAGUUGAAAGCGCAGUACAAGGGCAAAAUCCUGCCCCCGCUCCACCCGGAAAGUAUCCGGGUUCAACGGAUAUCUCACGAGAUAAUCGAGGGUCUGCAGAGAGGAUUGACGAAAGAGGAAGUGUGGAGCGAUGUCCGGUACUCGACCGAAAUCGUUCCUUUCCCCAACAAGGCUCGUGGGCGCGAGCACGACGGAGUUAGGGCUUUGGGUGAUGGUGUGGAUGAAGGGAAAUGGGAUAAGGAUGAAGAGAUUUUCGACGAUCGGUGGGUUGAGCAGAGUAGGCGAAAAGGUCGAGAAAAGGGGAUGGAAUCUCAGACAAAGCAUUUGGAGGGACUUAAGUGGGAGAUUAUUGUCGUCGAUGAUCCCAUGAUUAAUGCAUUCUGUGUGCCUGGUGGGAAGAUUGUUGUUUUCACGGGGCUGCUUGAUCGGUUCAGAGCGGAUGCUGAGGUGGCAACCGUCAUUGCGCAUGAGGUUGGUCAUGCUGUGGCGAGGCACUCUGCGGAACAGGUGUCGAAGAACCUAUGGUUGACCAUCUUGCAGUUGAUUCUUUACCAGUUUUUCAUGCCUGACGUCGUCAACACAAUGUCGCAUCUCCUUUUGAGGCUUCCUUUUUCUCGGAGGAUGGAGAUGGAAGCAGAUUACAUAGGGCUGCUGCUACUUGCUUCGGCUGGGUACGACCCGAGGGUGGCCCCACAGGUUUACGAGAAGUUGGGGAAAGUGGCGGGAGAUUCCGUAUUUCAAGAUUAUCUUGCCACACAUCCAUCUGCUAAGAAGAGAUCCCAAUUCCUCUCUCAGGCUAAAGUCAUGGAAGAGGCCUUCGACAUUUACCGCGAGGUUCAGUCCGGUCGAGGCGUCGAGGGUUUCCUUUAAAUCAUUCCAAAAAAAAAAAAAAAAAAAAACUCCAUUAAAACAGUUUAAAUCCAUCAAUUAAGUGAUUAUGAUGGUAGUGACACAAAUACUUUUUAUUACAUGUUUUUUUUUUUGCUU